GUCCUCCAUUAUUCCUUUAAACCAUCAAUUAAUUGUCCUACCUCAAAAUCUAAUCCUUCCAACAUGUCCGAGUCACUCGCUGCCUUCCGCAAGCGCCGCAGCGACGAAUUGGCCCGUCUGGCUGACGAACACCUUCAGCAUGACUUGCGACAGGAAGACCGCGAUACCUUGAAGUCUGCAGCUUCGAAAGUUUCCCUUUGGACUGGCAUUGGCUCCGCCGUAGGAAUUGGCUUGGGUCUAUAUGUUGCCUUCAGACUGCGCAGCUCGCGCAAAGCUUUCUUUGAUGUUUUCCGCGCCCAGGAGAGACCAACACAAGUGAUGUUUGCCGAUGGUCGGACGGAGUCUAUCCCAGAUAUUACCCCCUUACUAAAGCCAACCACGCUUGGUGAUUUCGCUACGUAUUUCUUUGCUUCUGCUGGUGGACUGUUUCUAGGUGGAGAGCUAGGCUUCUUGGGAGGAACAGCUAGCGGCACUCGCACCAUCACUGCCAACCCGGAGCAGAAAAAGAGGAUCGAGACCGCUUUCCGGAGAUUCCGGGCCGACGUACUGCGCAAGGAAGCCGAUGAAUUGGAUCGUGGAGCGAGUGUUGCGGACAAGAUGUUUUGAUUUGGGCAUUUGAUGUAUGAGUGGAGGUGUUGCAUGGUUCGGCGUAUACCUAAUCUGCCUAGUUCCCAUUGCUUGACACUUCGUGUGGUAUCAUAUGGAAAACCUUCACGGCGUAAUACCAACUUCAGAUUUCCCAGUUAUGGUAUACAAAGUGCGUCAUUGGAAUCCGGACCCACUCAAGCGCAAGACUCCGAGUCAACCGGAAGAAUUUGGAUGUUUCCGAGACCGCCCACUUCCGAGAGUAUAAUAAAUCUUGACCUCAUUAUCACACGUACGCUUCCCUUUACCAAUUAUUUGAUACAGAAAGUCGAGUUUUCCGUACCAAAAUCCUAGUGCCAUGUCAAAUCUACGAAUCCCCUGCGCCCUUGUCACAGACGGAGGGGGUGGUCUGGGUGGUAAGGGCAUAGCCGGAUACUUAUGUUAACUUGUUUGUAAUGUUGCUUGGUGCUCAACCAGGAUGUCUUGAGGAACAGCUUUAGAAGGAAACUCACCAGGUUGCAAAAAGUAAUUUCCAACUUUGGUAGAAUAUCUUUUAUACUAGUAUCUUUUUGUUACUCUUCCAGGGGUGCAGAGUAGUAGAG